AUGUUAACUAUUGCGUUUACAAGUAUUUUAGCGGCUUUGCUAACACUUCUUUUCUAUCAAAAAACAUGCUAUCCCUUUUUUUGGGAGGAUUUGAAAUAUUAUUUGAAACUCCGGAUCUACAGGAAGUCGUUGCAAGCUCGCAUGCGGCGUGGGAUCGUCACAUAUCUGGACUGUUUUCUCCUCCAGGCGAGUCAGAACCCGAACAAGCCCUUUAUUAUCUUCGAAAAUCAAAAGCUGACGUACCGGGACGUGGACAGGAGAAGCAACCAGUUUGCGAACGCAUUCAGGGAGAAGAAGUCUUUGAAAGAAGAAAACAUUGUUGCUCUGUUGAUGUGCAACGAACCGGAUUUUAUUUGUGUGUGGCUGGCUCUGUGUAAACUAGGAUGUCAAGUCGCGUUUCUUAACACCAACAUUAAAGCUAAAGCUCUGCUUCAUUGCAUUCAGAGCUGUGGAGCCAAGAUGCUUGUUGUGGGCUCAGGUUUGGAUUGUUUGUUGGAGGGGAUGCUACCUGAGCUACAGAAAGACAACAUAUCUGUCUGGACAGUGCAUCCCUCAUCACUUCCAAAGGGUGUCAUCACGUCACUCGAAAAGGUGCAAAACAUGUCGACAGAAAACCAAUGUGGGCCACUUAAAACUGACAUCAUGUCCAAUUUCCUCUUCAUAUUUACAUCAGGAACCACAGGUUUUCCAAAGGCUGCACGUGUAGGUCAUUUGAAGGCCAUUAUGAGUAUGGCAUUCCUUCACAUGUGUGGCGCUACAUCUGAUGACGUCAUCUACAUCACCCUUCCUCUCUACCAUAUGUCUGCUUCCCUGUUAGGCAUUGGCGGAUGCAUCCAGCUUGGUGCAACGUGUGCCUUAAAGAAGAAGUUUUCAGCCAGUCAAUUUUGGAAGGACUGCGUGAAAUACAAUGUGACAGUGGUGCAAUACAUAGGAGAGCUUUGUCGAUAUUUGGUCAACCGUCCUAUGGUUCCAGAAGAGAAUAGUCACAGUGUUUGGCUUGCAGCUGGAAGCGGCCUUCGGUCCGAUGUGUGGAAGGCAUUCACCAAGCGUUUUAGUACAGUCAAGGUCCGAGAAGGGUAUGGUUUAACUGAGGCCAGCAUCGGCUUCCUUAACUACACAGAUGAGGUUGGACCCAUUGGCAGAGCAAGCUAUUUCAACAAGCUUUCGACACCAUUUAAACUCCUGAGAUAUGACCCACAAACAUAUGAAGCUUACCGAACACUGUCCGGAAGAUGUGAACAAGCACAGAUGGGUGAAGCUGGUAUCCUGGUCGCUCCUAUUACAGCGAUGAAUCCGUUCUUGGGAUAUGCUGGAAAUAAGAUUCAGUCUGAAAAGAAGUUGAUCAAGGAUGUGUUUAUCAAAGGUGAUGUCUAUUUCAACACUGGAGACCUCCUGCUUCAAGACCAAAGAGAAUUUCUUUACUUCCGUGACCGCAUUGGAGAUACUUUCAGGUGGAAAGGAGAAAACGUAUCCACCAUGGAAGUUUCAGAGGUUUUAUGUCUUCUCGAUUUUAUUCAAGAGGCCAAUGUUUAUGGAGUCAGUGUACCAGGAUAUGAAGGUCGAAUAGGCAUGGCUGCUAUUGUUUUAAAAGAGGAGCACACAUUACAUGGCCCCAAACUUUACUGCCACUUGGUUGAAACUCUUCCAGCGUAUGCUUGGCCGUGGUUUCUCAGAAUUCAGCCCUCUCUGGAUAUGACAGAAACUUUCAAGCAACAGAAGGGCAAGUUGGUCCAGGAAGGAUUCAACCCAGAGAUCACGCAGGACCAUAUCUAUUUCUUAGAUAUCACGCAGAAAGACUAUCUCCUCCUCAAUGUAUCUUUAUACGAGGACAUUGUGUGUGGAAAAAUCAAACUAUAG